AUGACCGGUCAGCGCAGGCUGGAUGAUAAGGAAAGUGAAUUCUGUCAAGCGUUUGAAAACAUUUGCUUCCGCAUUCCGAAGGAUGAACCGGACCAGGCUACUGUUCCACCUGAGAAUAAAAAGAAGAAACGUAUCGAUUUCACGAAAUUCUGUAAGGAAUUCAUGAAUCGUUAUCUCUUUGUCUGUCCGAACCCAUUCAGAUUCGGCCAAAAAGCAGUCGUUUUUUGUCCAAUUUACUCCGAACGAUGUCAUGUUCCACUACCCAACCGUCCAGUGGUACCCACAAGAAAGCCUCCACCCGGACGACGAAGCAGCGCAAUUGAACGGCUCUGUAGAAGUUACAGAGGCUUCGCCGAAACCUACUGCAGUAAUCCUUUCGCGCUCAGUCAGUCACGAUAUCGAGAAGGUUGCGAGAGGUAUUGGCGAUUUUGUGUUCCAAGAAAUGGAUGA